AUGACUGGUGUUGCACAGUUGCCCUUCCAGCAGCCGCCGACUGGCCUGCCCGUCGCAUCCUUGCCCCAGGAGUCGAAUGUCAUAUUUCAGCAUGUGCAGGAGAUGGCGAACAAGAGGAUAUCAACGCUAGAUUACCUCAGGAAAGCUCACGAUGGCCGAGUAUACUGGUUCAACACGAUGCUCUUCGAAAAGCCAGAUCUGGCGAGGAUGCCAUACUUCGACCCCCGAAGGCUAGCACGGCGGGCGACCAACUACCUACUUCUCGGCCUCUCCCUGCCAACAGUCAUCGACCUCAACUCAUCCACGCCGGUCGAGUUCCUGCGGUCGCUGUACACGCUCCUCACAGAAUUCGAAUCUUUCCAGACCAUACACACCGAGCACGGGACCAACGCCUCGUCGCUCUCGCGCGCGCGCCUCCCGCAGAUGUUCCGCCGCGGCCCGGCAGGCAAGGGCCGGCGGACGAGCGGCGCGGGGGACCUGGGGAUCCUGAGCGAGCACGGGGGCAGCAGCGUGUUCAACAGCGGGGGCGCGACGCAGACGCCGACGUCGGUCAUCUCGUUCGGGCUGGGCGGCGAGGGCAACGACCUGCUGCCCGGCGAGGAGUACACGCACCUGCUGACCCCCUCGCUGCCCUUCGACCCGGACUUCUUCGAGACGUUCGCCACGCUCUGCGACAUGCUCAUCGACUGCUACUCCAAGCUCAUGACGCUGCUCCCGGCCCCGCGCGACUGCACGCCCCUUGUCGCCGAGCUCUUCACAAAGGUCGACGCCAAGGUCCGCAAGAUCAUCGUGCAGGGCGUCGUCAAGGAGUUCGAGGACACGAGCAGGGCCGCGCUUAAGCAGGAGGUCAGCGGCGUAGGCAAGGUCGUGCUCGGAGGUCUCAUGUAG